GCAUCUGUCUGCUCAGUGUUUGAGUUAUCUGCAUUAAUCUGAUAACUGCUGGAAACUAGGGUUAGGGUUAGGUGGAGAUGGAAGCUGUGGUGGGACUGUUGAUCAUGCUACUCGGAGUAUCACUUGGUGCUGAAACCUUCUGUGAUGGCAGACGUGAUGGAGUUCAGUGUUUUGGAGCUCUGGGAGGAACUGUGGUCCUCCAGCUGAUGGACAACGCCUCAGAAAUACCCAGAUAUGACUGGAGAAAAAAUGGAACAAGGAUAUUGAAUGGAAGAAAGAAAUAUUUUUUAAUUAAUACCAUGGAGACCAGAUCUGUCUUUAUUCCCAGUAAUGGAACAUUUCUGAUCAACAACCUGAUCAGGACUGAUGGUGGUCAAUAUACACUUAGACUCCAGGAUUCAGAUGGACGACAAACAGGAAAACAAACUCUACAGCUGUUCAUUCAAGCUCCGGUGUCCUCUGUCCUGCUGGUGUCUGAGUGUCUGUCUGAGGGACAGAUGAAGGUGUCCUGCUCCUCUGAGGGAGGGGACAGUCCUCAGUACAGCUGGACUCUGGAUGGAAACACACUGACAGACUCUGAGCUCCUCUCUGGAACCACUGAGACAAACAUCAUCAUCCUGAAACAAAACCUCUCAGGACGUCUGGUCUGCUCAGUCAGGAACCACAUCAGUCGUGUCUCCAAUGAAACGAUAUUAACAACCUGCGAUGGUAAAACCUUCUGUGAUGGCAGACGUGAUGGAGUUCAGUGUUUUGGAGCUCUGGGAGGAACUGUGGUCCUCCAGCUGAUGGACAAUACCUCAGAAAUACACAGAUAUCUAUGGAAUAAAGAUGGAACAAUAAUAUUGUAUGGAAGAAAGAAUACCAUCAUCAUUAAUACCAUGAAGACCCGAUCUGUCUUUAUUCCCAGUAAUGGAACAUUUCUGAUCAACAACCUGAUCAGGACUGAUGGUGGUCAAUAUACACUUAAACUCCAGGAUUCAGAUGGACGACAAACAGCAGAACGAACUCUACAAUUGUUUAUUCAAGCUCCGGUGUCCUCUGUCCUGCUGGUGUCUGAGUGUCUGUCUGAGGGACAGAUGUGUAUGUGCCGCUCCUCUGAGGGAGGGGACAGUCCUCAGUACAGCUGGACUCUGGAUGGAAACACACUGACAGACUCUGAGCUCCUCUCUGGAACUAAUGAGACAAACAUCAUCAUCCUGAAACAAAAUCUCUCAGGACGUCUGGUCUGCUCAGUCAGGAACCACAUCAGUUGUGUGUCCAAUGAACUGAUGAUUUCUGUUUGUAGAGAUCUCUCUCUGCUCAGAUGUGCUCUGAUGGCUGUUGUGGCGGUCGUUUCAUUUAUUGGGAUUGGUGUCUAUUUCAAAUGGAAGAAGACAAAAUACAAGAAAGUUGAAGCGUCUGCUGCAGCACAAAGAAGAGAGCAUCCAGAGGAGUUCUCAGUGACUGAACUGUAGAGGUUUAUUGAUCACUGAUCAUGUUUUAGAUAUGUGUGUUGACAGUUAAAUACAAAUAUCAGUGUUAAUUCAGAAUUCAAAACUACGGAAGAGUAUUAGGGCCACUUAAAAAAAAAAAAAAAAUUCUGAGAAAAAAGUAAGAAUUCUGACUUUAAUCUCAGAAUUCU